UAAUAACCGCAUUAGCGUCGCUGAGGGUGAAGCUAACGGACAGCAGAGCCUGUGACUUUACUUCUUUUUUCUAAUAAAGCUCACACAGCCGGUUCGUUAAGGCUCCUUUAAACCUGUGGAAAUGUUCGGCAGUCUUCUCAGGGAUUUCGAGGACGACCCCUUCUUUUCCUCAACAAGCGAUCCAUUCCAGGCCCACAAUGAGCGUAUGCGGCAAAUGUUGAGGAGUUUUUCAGAUCCUUUUGGCCACGGCUUCACGCCCAGUAUCACAGAUGGCCGGGACAGAGGACGCAGGGGAAGGGACCAGCCCAACGCUAGCGUAGCCCACCACAGUGACCACAGAGAGAUGGAUUUGUUCAGGAACCCUUUUGCCACAAUGGACAACAUGAUGGCAGACAUGAGGAACAGAAUGGGAAACAUGCACCAGAACCUUGAGAACAUCUCCACAGACGCCAACACCCAUGCGUUCAGCUCCUCCUCAGUCAUGACCUACUCUAAAGUCGGAAAUGAGCCACCCAAAGUGUUCCAGGCCUCCACUCAGAUGCGGUGCGCUCCCGGCGGGAUUAGGGAAACCAGGCGGGCUCUCAAGGACUCAGAGAGUGGAGUAGAAAAGAUGUCCAUUGGCCACCACAUCCAGGAUAGAGGCCAUGUCAUAGAAAGGAAGCACAACCAAAAAACCGGAGAGAAGGAGCUUAACCAGGAUUUCCAGAACAUGGACGAGACUGAAGCCCAGUCCUUCGAUGAGGAGUGGCAGAGGGAGCUGUCCAAAUUCCAGCCCACCGCACCAAUGUCCCGUCUGGAGGCCCCCAAGCAACGAGCAGUGCACAGAGCAGCCAUCGCCGGCCCAGACAACACACAAAGAGAAAAAGACGAUGCAGCAGAAAGCAAGAAGAAGACUCAUGUCUCUGAGCUCAAAAUUCAGGGCUCCAGCAUGAAGAAGAAGUAAAACCUUGAUGAAAUGGAAAUAAAACUCUGGCAGGCAGCGGCUCCUGGUGCUUUCGCCCGCGUCUCUUUCA